AUGGCCGCAUGGCUCAGUGACAGCAACUCGUCGUCGACUAUACAAACACAAAACUCUUUUAAUCCGAUAACAAAGCAUUUUUCAAAAAAGGAUCAAAACCAAACAAUAUUUACAGAUGUUAGCAAAGACUUUGUUAAUUUUCAAGUGAGUGUGUUGAAUAUUAACUCUCCUGAAAGUGGCACAGUACCGAAAAACAAAUUAUCUGUCAAGGACACAAAGGAAAACAUUGAAGUUUCGACUCACGAUGACACAGCAUCAGAUAUGCCAAAGUCGAAUGUUGAAACAAAGGCUAACAUGGAUAAGAACAAGAGGAGACAAGAGGACAACAGCGCGAGGUACAGAUGUGAAUAUGAAGGGUGUGAACGCACAUACAGCACAGUUGGAAACCUGCGCACACACAUGAAAACACAUAAGGGUGAAUACAGGUUCAAAUGCCCCAUGCAAACAUGUGAGAAAGCAUUUUUAACCUCAUACAGUUUGAAGAUUCACAUUCGCGCGCACACAAAGGCCAAGCCCUUCGCGUGCAAUAUCAGUGGGUGCAGAAAAGCCUUUAAUACAUUGUAUAGGUUGCGAGCACAUCAACGGUUACACAGUGGUGACACGUUCAACUGUACCACUGGCGGCUGCACAAAGUUCUUCACUACGCUCAGUGAUUUGAAGAAACAUAUACGUACUCAUACACAAGAAAGGCCUUAUAAAUGUCGAACGGAAGGCUGCGGAAAAUCCUUCACAGCGUCACAUCACCUGAAAGCUCACGGUCGCACGCACUCUGGCGCUCGGCCUCACGCCUGCACGGCGCCGGGCUGUAACCGACUGUUCUCCACGGUUACCAGUCUCAAGGCGCAUGCUAUGAAACAUCAGAUUGAAGCUGAACCUGUGACAGAAAAAGUCGCGGAAACCGCGGAGACAGUCCAAACCGAACCAUCAGCGUCCCAAUCAAUGACCAAAGUCAGCGACUUCAUGAACUGGGACAGCCUCCUCGAAUCCUUCGGCAGAAUCACCACAGAAUCCAAUUCCACUGAUGGCAGUUUAGAAGAUAUCACUCAAGUCAAUACUGUGGAUAUAGCCGAACUAUUGUUUCCAGAUAACACUAACAACAUUAAAAACAUUGAAUCUAAUGAUCUAACAGUAAACUACGAUCUCGCUUCCCUAACUCUGUCGCCUUUUGACAAAAUGGACAAGAAAAGUCCAUCAGCUGAUUCUUGGGUGGACAUCAAUGAAUUACAAGCCACAAUGCCCUUGCAAGUACCUCCAAUGGAUGUUGUUCCUAAAUUAGAAGUAAAAUCGAAAGCUAUGCAACUCGCUUUGGCUAACGAAAUCGAAGACCAAGCGCCGUGGGUCGAUGUUAGUGCUCUGGCGGCUUCGAUAUCAGAAACCCCAGUGUGCAUUGAAGAGAAAACUCCGGAGAGUAUAUUUACAAUGGCAACCUUCGUGCCAACUCACAUGCAAAGUUACAUAGACUUGAAUACAGAAGUUGCACCAACGGCCAAUCUCAUUACUCAUGAUUCCUUCAAUUUAGACACACCCAAUGUCUUAGACGUUGGCGAUAAAGUUUUCAAUGACAGCGAAAUAGUCACAAACCUCGAGGUCACAAAACUGUAUAAUAACGAUUACAGCAUAUUUUUAGGAUCGGAAGAAGAUAGAUCAUUAAAUACUCCACCACCUUCAAAAGUUCAGCACAACAUCGAAAUUAAUCCAGCUAAUUCUGUACUCUUCAAUACAGAUUUACAUUUGCAAGACACAAUACUGUUCGACAAUGAACCUGCAUCUGACAUGUACGUAGUGAGAACGGAGAAUAUUUUCGGCAAGAAAAGUGCUUUGGAGCAGUUAACUGCCGAUGCUGGUAUAUGCUCUUGUACGAACUGUAAAUGCGAUCCGUUAGCUGGAGAAUGCAGGAGUUGCGGUCAACAAGAGGUUCCUGCGCCAGAGGGCUGCUGCAAAGAAGAUUCGUGCUCAUGUGUCGAUUGUAAAUGUGACCAUGCGGCCAUGAAAUGCGUAGCAGGGUGUGGUCAAGCGACUGAUACCAACCACAACACAUUCUUGCAUUAUCAUAAGAGACAUCACAACUCCAGUUUGGAAGAAUUGGGCAUAUACACGACACAAUGUGAUGAAGACGUGCUAUCUGGUGGGAUGCACCAUUUAAGUUGUUCAUGCAGUUCAAAACCAUCUCAAGGCUGUGAUCAAUCUAGUGGUAACAAAACAUCGCGUAACGAUGUGAAUAAUUGUGGUUCGGAUAAAAAGUUGCCAGAAGAGAAAAUACCCUCUUGUAGCAGCAAAAAAUCUGACAAUGAAAAGCGUUGCACUGAAGCUUGCUGCAUCACAAUAUGCUUCAAGAAAAUUAAUGCUCUUAAACAAUUUUUGUCUAACAAUGAAAUAAUUCAAGCAUUGAAAUUGCAUAACCUUGACGUAACAAGCUAA